GUGAGUGACUUUGAAGGUGUCUGAGUUAUCGAGGUUGAUAUUUAUAGGGUUUUUGAGAUAAUUAUUGAAAGGAAACUGAUUUUGACUGAUUUUACAAAGCUUCAAAAUUCGUAUAAGUCUGCCUUCUAUUCUGGCUGCUAGAUGUCAUUUGAGUCCAUAUUAUUUUCAAAUUAAAAAAUUUCAAAAAUUUGAGUGUAAUUUGUUUAUGUUCCAAUUACUAAUGACGUACACGUCUAAAAUGAAUUCUCGCGACAGGCUAUGGUUAUAUUUGAAAUAAUAAUAACUAUUACAUACAUUAUAAUUAUAAACAUUUCUAAUUCAGAAACUUCAGUAGACGUUUAUUGCAGAAAUAAAGAGAGAUUAAUCGUUUCGGAUGAAAUUGAUGAAUAUUUGUUAGUUGACGCAGUAAUUGGUUCCACUAUUCAACUUGAAUGUCAUUUUUGCAAUGAGCAAAGUGACAGAGAACCUAGACUGUGGUACGUUCAAGACCGUUUUAAAGAUUUCGCUGAACGAGAAGUUGAAAUCGAUAUGAAUAACAACAUGUCAGAAAAUCACAUUCAUUUGACGACUGACUUCAAUUUGCUUUUCAAUUAUUUUGAAAAGCAAGACGCUGGUAUUUAUAGAUGCCAUGGAUCAUUAGGACAAGAUGUUGACAAUCAAUAUAAUUAUCGUCUAGAGCCUAUUUUCCAAAGAAAUGAAACUUACGAUGACAUGCACAGAGGAAAUUUGACUGAUUGGGAAGAGUAUAGAAAAAUUAAUUUAGUUCCCGUUGCUCACCGUUUUGCUGUAUCAUUAAUGAAACCCUUGGCGAUGAUACGAGAUGCCGGAGUAAUUUUAGAAGUUAUUACUGAGUGGACAAAGUGGACUCCUUGUGAUAGAUGCUCAGAAAAUCGCGGAAUAAAAACUAGUUUAGCCCAAUGUAGAUUAAAAAGUCGUAUUUCAACUGCUGCGCCAACUUUUAAAUCUACAGACACGACAUUUUUUUUUGAAAGAUCUCCAUUGCUGCCUUGCAGAUCGCAAUUGUUGGGAUUCUUGUUUCCGAUAGUAAGCGAUGCGGUGCGGAACUUACCUGAAUUUUUAUUGGAGCAACCGUGUAAGAGCUGUGUAAAGAAAAAGAAGAAAGUUGUAAAAGAUAAAUUUAAAUACAAAAAAACUAUGGCUUUGAUCGAGGGGGAACACUUUUCAGUAAUUUGCCCCGAAGCUGACUUAAAUUCGGUGGUCGUCUGGCGAAAAGAUGGAAUUAUACUCAAGCCUGGAAUAAAAACAGUUUACAGUUUAUUUGAUUACGACAACGAGAAUCACGUUCACGUUGAUCCAUUUUUGACACUUUAUUUUGUUAAAGUAACGAAAAAUGAAAAGGGAAACUAUACUUGUUAUGUUGAUAAUCAAAAAAUGUUACAGCUUAGAAUUUUUAUUGACUCCAAUGCUCCAAUUUUUACAGAAGCUGUCCUAAGACAUAUGAAGUAUAUUGGCUACGCCUUAUUGAUGGCGUUCUUCGUUUACUGCGCAAGAGUAUUCUUAAUGUGUAAAAACCGCCAUAAAUAUCUAAAGUAUACUUAUGAAAUGUAUUUGGAAGAUCUCGCUAAGAAAGAAAAUUAUGAUGAAGACCGGGAACUUUUGUGGAUGGCCGAAGCUGUUGGAUAAAUUUAAUUUAAAUUCAAGUUAGAUUUUAAUUAAUUAAAUAUUUAUUUUUAGCGCGACGAUUCUAAUAGACAAUAUGAGUCUUUAGAUCUCAAUUUAACUGUUAAUUUACAUGCCAGUAUUGGUUUACAUGCACACGGUGCUUACAUGGACUCAAGAUGUAUGUAACAAAGUGAAAGGCUUAAAACUUGUGUCCGGUUCUGAAGAAGUUUCAGUCUGAGUCUGUGUUCCAACAUGGCUGUGUACUAAAAACACUCAGAUUCUAUUUAAAUUUUAUCUUUUUUAUCAAUAAAUUCACUACAAAUUUUUUGGAUUUUUAAAUAA